CAGAGAGAGUGAAUCAAUCAGAAUCCCAACCUCAUCAUGUUUGCCUCUGUGGCUUUGGUCUUCUUGGUCCUUGUGCUCUUACUGUUCCUCUUGCAGAGCCACAGGCCUAAAGGUUUCCCCCCGGGACCCCGAGCCAUUCCUGUCAUUGGAAACAUGCUGCAGCUCAACCUGGAGAGUCCCCUUGCUGAUCUGGAGAGGCUGGCCAAACGCUAUGGAAACAUCUACUGCAUCUUCGUUGGUUCCAGGCCAUGGGUGAUACUCAACGGGCUCCAGGCCAUGAGGGAAGCUUUGGUCAACAAAGCUGUCGACUUCUCAGGCCGACCUCAAGACCUCAUGGUCAAUCAUGCCGUUCGAAUGAAAGAUCACGCUCCAGGAGUGAUCCUGGCAGAUUACAACCAGAGCUGGAAAGAGCAGCGACGCUUUGGCCUGAUGACCCUGAAAAACUUUGGUCUGGGCAAGCAGUCCAUGGAGCAGAGGAUUCUGGCAGAGAUAUGCCAAAUCACCAAGGUUCUGGAGGAGAAUAUUGGUAAGACCAUGCAUCCUCAGAUGCUGUUCCACAAUGCAGCCUCCAACAUCAUCUGCCAAGUUCUGUUUGCCAAACAGUUCAACUACGCCGACGAAUUUAUGAAGUAUUUUGUCAGUGUUUUUCAAAAGACGUCCAAAAUAAUCAACGGGCGCUGGAAUAUGAUUUACGACUCUAUUCCCAUGGUGCGCUACCUGCCGCUGCCCUUCCAGAACGCUUUCAAGUUGUUCAAGGGUGCGACAGAGAGACAUAUAGAGUUGUUGACUGAGAACAAAAAGACUUGGGUUCCUGGGAAACCGAGACACUUCAUAGACUGCUACCUGGAUGAACUGAAAAAGAGAGGAGACGACGGCUCGUCGUUUUCUGAAGACCAGCUCGUGGCGUUCCUCUUGGAUCUUCACUUCGCUGGAACAGACACGACAGCCAACACCCUGCUCACUGCCAUUCUGUACCUCAUGAAUUACCCACAGGCACAGGAGCGCUGUCAGCAGGAAAUAGACAAAGUCCUGGAUGGGAAGGAUCAUGUCAGUUAUGAGGACAGACACCAGAUGCCCUAUGUGCAGGCUUUCAUCCAUGAAACCCAGAGGAGGGCUGACACAGUUCCUCUGUCUGUUUUCCACAAGACCACCAAAGACACAGAGCUCAUGGGUUACUCUUUACCCAAGGGAACCAUCGUCAUCGCGAACCUGUCCUCAGUGCUGUCCGAGGAGGGACAGUGGAAAUCCCCCCAUGAAUUUAACCCUGAAAACUUCCUCAACGACCAGGGGGAGUUUUUUAAACCAGAGGCCUUCAUGCCUUUCUCCAUAGGUCCUCGGGUGUGUCUCGGAGAGGCUCUGGCUCGUAUGGAACUGUUUCUCAUCGUGGUGACUCUGCUGAGGACGUUUACGUUCGUCUGGCCCGAAGAUGGAGGAGAGCCCGACUUCAAGCCGGUGUUCGGGACGACUCAGACGCCUAAACCUUAUCGCAUGAAGGUCCAGCUCAGAGAAACCAACACAAGUCUAAACCAGACUUAUAUCCCCAUACUGUGACUGACUGAAGUUCUAUACAAUUCUGUAAAAUGUGCACAAACUACAUGGUGACAGGAUUAAGUGUAAACCUUUCUUUUGAGCAUAUGAUCUCAUUUAAUUCAAAAUACAUAUGUAUAGCAAGAGUACAUUUCAACAGCAAGGCAAUUCAAUGUUCUUUUCAUAGGUUGUAACAGGCAACAGGAGACAAUAUGAAACAUCAUUUUAAAACAGAAAAUGAGAAGUAAGAUGUUUAAUGUUUUGUACUUUCAUAAGUAAAACAAAUAAAUAAAUGAACUAAUACAUAAUAAUAAUUUUCAGUCAAAGUUAAAAUGAUCCAUAUCUUCUCUCAAUUGCCAAUUGUUUGUGAAUAAUAUAUUGUGUUUGUGAUGUUCGUACUAUUGGAGGGGUUCACAUCCCCAAGUGUUGAAAAUAUGCACAAACAAGCAAAACACACACACACACACACACACACACAAAUAAGGACCAUCUACUACGAGGUCAAUGUUUAUGCUGGAAAAGGUCAACAAAAUAGAACACACACACACACACACACAUACAUACACACACAGACACACACACACACCUAACUCUUGCUUCAGUGAGGCUCCUGUCAGUCAUCUGGGUCAGUGCAGUUGUUUUGGUGUUAAUAAACAAAUAAAACUUCA